AUUUUACAGCAAGUGCUGAUCUAAGCGACCAAAAUCUGUCAAUUUCUGUGUGGAAAAAAUGAGAGCCUGCUGAAGAUUUUUUUUCCUCCAAAAUCAUGGCAGAUUCUGAGCUCAGCAAGGCGUUGAAGGAUUUACCGAACCGCGUGAUAAAUGUUGGCGUGGAAGAGAGAAAAGCCCUGAUUGACAAUGUUAUUCAAGUCCUACCGAAUCCUGGCAUAAAUACAACGGUUGUGAAGGGGAUUUGUCGUGUAGUUGGGACAACGUUGACCAAGUACCGUGAUCCUGCAUCUCAGGGCCUAAUUCGGAACUUGAUUGUGGCAUUGGUGCAGCAGCACAAUGACUGGACACUGGAGCACUUCAAUGGGGUCUUCAAGACACUCCUUACGAAGGAUUUGGCCUCAGCACCGGCAAUUAAGGCUUCCCAGGCUGCUGUGAUUGCCCUCACGUGGGCUAAUCUGCUCGUAGUUCACCGGAAAUGUGACUCAAAGGUCACUGAGACGGAAUUCCCGAAGCUCCUGGAGCAUCAAUCGCAGCUCUACCAACUUGCACUGUCCGUAGCCAAUCCCAAAUUAACCCAGAAGGCAGAUGAACUCCUGGAGCAAUGCUGGGAAUCAGCAAAUGUCUUAGAUUCCACGGAAGUCUUGUUGAAAAUGGAACCAGCAUCGAAUGUGAUUCUCCUCCUUGCAGCUGCCAUUCGUUUCUGUGACACUUUCAAUCCCCAAGAGGAGCUCCUGGAGAAGAAUAAGGCAAAAGUUCUGGAACACUUCAUUAAAGGCUUGAUUACCGUGAAGACAAAGCCGAAUGUUUACUUCUUCACCGUCUGCCAGAAUAUCCUGCAAUCAAUCACAAAGGAAGAAUUCCAAUCGUCUGUCCUUCCGGCACUUCAGCGUGCAAUGCUCAGAAGUCCGGAGAUUAUCCUUCAGGGCGUGGGGGCGAUUGUGCGGGAGGUUGAUGUGGGCAUGAGUGACUUUGCAAUGGACAUGGGGAAGACUCUCAUUCAAAAUCUCUACUCCAAGAACGAUGUGACGCGUCAGGAAGCUGCGGAUUCACUGAGGUACGUUGCGGAGAAAUGCGAGAGCGCGGAAACAAUUGAGAAUCUCCUCAAGCAUAUCUUCGGUGUGUGGAAUGGCUCCGAUGGGAAGAUCACCGUCGUUGAGUAUCGCAUCAAUGUACUUCAGGGAAUUGGAAAUCUCAGCUACAACGGCCUCCUUCCUGAAUCAAUGGAUUCCAUUCUGAGCUUAGUUGUGGAUAAUUUCGUCAAGAUCCUCGAAACGGAGAGUCACGAAAAGAUCCUCUGUCAUUCAUUGGAAAUGUUCAGCCUGUGGGCGAGUAAUUUCGAAGGGGAACUUCCCGGAAAGAUAAUCUCAGUCUUCCGGAAGGGCAUUGAGGGGAAAUCUGUGACGCAAAAUGUUCGUAUAAGUUAUCUAGAUUGGCUCCUAGCAUGCCUCCAGGGGGGAACGUUGAAGAACGGCGGGGAGCUGAUCCCAUUUCUGCUGAAGACCGUUGAAAAGGCAGCUCAGAAUCCCACGCAAAUCCCCGCAGUGACCGAAGGGUUGUGUGCCAGCUGUAUUAUCCUGCUCCUCGAGAGUCGCCUUGAUGAGGAGCAAUCGGCCAAACUCUCCACUUUCUGGGGAAUAAUUCUCGAUUUGAAUAAGCAGGUGUUCAUCACGGAGAAAUUCAUCGCCAGCGUUCCCGCAGAGACUCUCAAGCAUGUUAUGUUGCUCAUUGAGAAGCUCCUUCUGUAUCAUUUUGAUCGCCUCAAGGGAUGUCCGGAUGUUCUCUACAGAGCUGCUGUAACAUGCAUGACAACAUCCUCCGUGUACGUGCGGAUCUACUGUCAGGCACUCACGCGGAAUAUUGCAAUCAGUGAGAAUGGAGUGAUGCUUAUUCUGGAAUUCCUUUCAAAACUAACCACCUACAUGGAGACUGCAAAGAUUCACAUGGAUACAGAGGCAGGAGCUGAGGAAGGAAGUAUCCCCGUUGCGGCUUUUAUUGACACCAUUGAAACACUUUGUACAUCAAAAGACUUGGAACGUAUUGAUGCGGAGAAAGUUGCCCUAAAAUGCUUACUCUGUUGCCAUCAUUCAGCUCUUGUGGGGACAAAGAACAAUCUGUGGGAAUCCCUCCUGAAAGCAAUGAAAGUUGAUCCCAAAACACUCGUAACGAUCAAUGGGGGAAAGAUCUUUGAGAUUCUCCUUCAUAACUAUCGAAUCACGUCAAUGUUUGAGAAUUCUGUGGCAACGAUAAGUCGCAUUAAUCCGGAUAUUUUGCUCCCACAAGUCAUGGAGAUGGUCUCCUCGGAGCUGGGGUGUGAAGCCAUGUCCAAUGUGACUGAUGAUGAAUACUUUACGUAUUUGACGCCUGAAGGGGAAUUGUACGAUAAGAGUGUUAUCCCCAAUUCCGAAGACAUUUAUCAGGUGUCGGGGAUGAAGCGUGAGAAUAAGGUUUACAGCUACAAGGAGCAAGUUGAGGAGUUGCAGCUGCGCCGGGAGAUUGAGGAGAAGCGUCGCAAGGAGGGUAAGGCAAAGCCAAUUCAGCUUACGCCGAAGCAGAAGGAAGCCAUAAAGAAUCAAACUGAUAAGGAGAAUGCAAUCAGGGCUCGUUUAACUGAUAUCAAUGAUCGGCUUUUGAAGUUGAUAUCGAUGAUUGAGAGUGUUUCAAAGGGGAAUCCCGAGCAAUUGGCAACGCACUUUAGUUGCCUUCUGCCGAAUAUUUUGGCUCAACUGAAGAAUCCACUUGCUGCUCCACUUCUCACGAAGCUCUAUCAUCAUUUGCGCCUAUCCUGCUUCCCGGAGGCUCUUCAUGCGUUGAGAGAUUCCCUGGCCGUGACAACGAUUCGUCUGUAUGAGCCUCACUGUGAUCUUCCGGAGAAUUGGGUUGAGGCUCCAAUCAAUGAGAGUGUAGCCACAGUGUUGGCGGAAUUGUAUUCAGCCAUAGCUGAGGAGGAGAAUGAGGUGAACGGGGAGACGGAGAAUGGGCAAACGGAGGGGAUUCUCUCAUCUCCGGCUUUUUGCUAUGCUUUUGAAUUCCUCCGGAAGUGCAUGUCAAUGCCACCGGUGUCAAAGGAUGAGAACUUACUCCUCUAUGGGAUCCAUAUUAUCAGUCAGCAUGCUCAGACACGUGGGGUUAGUGAUCGGGGAUUAGCUACAGACUACAGGCAUCCGAAGUAUUUGCCCCGAUUGGAAAUGAUGAGACUCCUUCUCGGGAUAAUCAGCAAGAAUCGUGGAAGGGUUCAAACUCAGGCUGUUUCAGCUCUUCUCGAUGUGGCAGAAGCCUCCUCCGGACGGGAGUACUGUGCAAAACCAACACGGGAUGAGCUGGAACUUCUCCUGAAAGCCAUUGAGAAUAGCACAGAGGCCAUACGAGAUGUUGCCUUAAGGGCUCUUCUUAUUCUCGUGGAAACUUUUGCAUCCUUUGAAUGUGAUCCUGAUCUCCAUCGUCGGCUCAUUUGUCGCUUGUGGAUUGCAAAGCACGACAUAAGUGAUGAUAAUCGUGGAUUGGCUGAAAAUCUCUGGACUGCAUCGCACUUUGUUCUCCCAAAGGAUGUUACGAGGUAUCUCAUGAAGGAUGUCAUUCAUCAGGAGUCUUGUAUUCAGAAGGCAACGGCUAGUUCUCUCGUGUCAAUCCUGGCAGAAGACUCUGAGCCUCUUCAGGAGAUCCUUGAUCAACUUCUGAGCAUCUACAAUGACAAACUAGCGAUGAUUCCGCCGAAACUCGAUCAGUUUGAUCGGGAAAUUGAACCGGCUAUUGAUCAAUGGGGACCAAGGCGUGGUGUGGCUUAUGCUCUGUGCCAGGUAUCGCAGUUCUUCGAUGAGAAACAAGUCUUCUCGACGAUCCAAUUCAUGGUUUCAAAGGGCCUAGGUGAUCGGGAUGAAAUGGUGCACAAGGAAAUGCUAGCAGCUAGCUUGGCAAUUGUGGAUAAGCAUGGAAAGGAGACAAUUGCUCGCCUGCUUCCCGUUUUUGAGGAAUUCCUCGAUAAAGCUCCCAAUUCUAGUCGCUACGAUAACAUCCGUCAAGCUGUUGUUAUUCUCAUGGGAUCCCUGGCAAGGCAUUUGGAGGUAAAUGAUGAGCGUAUUCAGCCAAUUGUUAAGAGACUCCUUGCUGCUCUUGCAACGCCAUCGGAAACUGUUCAGGAAGCUGUAGCCAGUUGUCUGCCACACUUGAUUCCCUCCGUGAAGGAUGAAGCACCGCAGAUGAUUAAGAAGUUGCUGCAUCAACUUGUCAAAGCGGAAAAGUACGGAGAAAGACGUGGUGCGGCCUAUGGAAUAGCGGGAAUUGUCAAAGGAUUGGGAAUUAUUUCGCUGAAGCAAUUGGACAUUAUGACAAAGCUAACAAACUACAUUCAGGACAAGAAGAACUACAAAUCCCGCGAAGGAGCUCUCUUUGCCUUUGAGAUGCUCUGCAAGACACUUGGGAGGCUCUUUGAACCCUACAUUGUGCACGUUCUCCCAUUCCUGCUUCAGUGCUUCGGGGAUUCAUCGCAAUACGUCCGGCAGUCGGCUGAUGAUACGGCGAAGGUUGUGAUGGGAAAGUUGUCGGCUUAUGGUGUUAAAUUGGUACUUCCGGCACUUCUGAAUGCCCUCGAUGAGGAUUCGUGGCGCACAAAGACAGCUUCCGUUGAGCUACUCGGUGCAAUGGCUUACUGUGCCCCUAAACAGCUAUCAUCCUGCCUCCCAAGUAUUGUCCCGAAGCUCAUUGAGGUUCUCAGUGAUUCACAUUCGAAGGUACAAGAAGCCGGGGCAGAUGCCCUCCGUGUUAUCGGGUCGGUAAUAAAGAAUCCCGAAAUUCAGGCGAUUGUACCCGUUCUCCUGCGCGCUCUUGAAGAUCCGGCAAAUAAGACUUCGGCUUCCCUUCAGAGUUUACUUGAAACGAAGUUUGUUCACUUUAUUGAUGCUCCGUCGUUGGCUCUCAUUAUGCCCGUUGUACAGAGAGCCUUCAUUAUGCGAUCUCCGGAAACGAGAAAGAUGGCAGCAAAGAUUAUUGGGAACAUGUAUUCGUUGACUGAUCAAAAGGAUCUAACGCCGUAUCUUCCAAACAUUAUUCCCGGUCUCAAAACUUCCCUUCUGGAUCCUGUACCGGAAGUGCGUGCUGUGUCAGCUCGGGCUCUUGGGGCAAUGGUACGAGGAAUGGGUGAAUCCUCCUUUGAAGAUCUCCUUCCGUGGCUUAUGCAAACGCUGACGUCUGAGAGUAGCAGCGUUGAUCGAUCUGGAGCAGCUCAGGGGCUUUCGGAGGUUGUUGGAGGGCUCGGAGUUGAGAAGCUGCACAAAUUGAUGCCUGAAAUUAUAAGUACAGCUGAACGCAAUGAUAUAGCUCCGCAUGUCAAGGACGGGUACAUAAUGAUGUUCAUCUACAUGCCAGCUGCUUUCCCGAGUGAGUUUACACCGUACAUUGGACAGAUCAUUAAUCCAAUCUUGAAAGCUCUAGCAGAUGAGAAUGAGUACGUGAGGGAGACAGCACUAAAAGCUGGUCAGAGAAUCGUCAACAUGUAUGCAGAAUCGGCAAUUGCACUCCUUCUUCCGGAACUGGAGAAAGGGCUCUUUGACGACAACUGGCGCAUUCGCUUUAGUUCUGUUCAACUCCUUGGGGAUCUGCUGUAUCGUAUUUCGGGAGUUUCGGGCAAGAUGACAACUGAAACAGCCAGUGAGGAUGAUAACUUCGGUACAGAACAAUCGCAUACUGCCAUCAUUCGAUCUUUGGGUGCGGAGAGGCGAAAUAGAGUUCUAGCGGGUCUCUACAUGGGUCGUAGCGAUGUCUCCUUGAUGGUACGUCAGGCUGCUUUGCACGUGUGGAAGGUUGUUGUGACAAACACCCCACGUACACUUCGUGAAAUUUUGCCAACACUCUUUGGGUUACUUCUUGGAUGCCUUGCCAGUACAAGUUUCGAUAAGCGUCAAGUGGCCGCGAGGACUCUUGGGGAUCUAGUAAGGAAACUAGGUGAACGAGUUCUUCCCGAGAUAAUACCUAUUCUCGAGCGUGGAUUGAAUUCCGAUCAAGCUGAUCAACGCCAGGGGGUGUGUAUUGGUUUAUCCGAAAUCAUGGCGUCCACAUCAAAGGACAUGGUACUUACAUUCGUAAAUAGUCUCGUUCCCACGGUGAGACGUGCACUAAGUGAUCCUGUUUUGGAGGUACGAAUGUCCGCUGCAAAGACAUUCGAUUCACUCCAUGCAACAGUUGGCAAUCGUGCCCUCGAUGACAUCCUACCGUCUAUGCUGAAUGGACUCAGUGAUCCAGAUCCCGUUGUGGUUGAGUGCACACUUGAUGGCCUACGUCAAGUAAUGGCUAUAAAGUCACGCGUUGUACUGCCGUAUUUGGUGCCACAACUCACUGCAACGCCUGUCAACACGAAGGCUCUUUCAAUCCUUGCUUCUGUUGCCGGUGAAGCUCUGACGAAGUUUCUGCCUAAAAUUCUCCCAGCUCUCCUUACGGCUCUCUCAUCGGCCCAAGGGCAGCCUAAUGAAGCUCAAGAGCUAGAAUACUGCCAAGCUGUUAUACUGUCUGUGAGUGAUGAGGUUGGAGUACGAACGAUUAUGGAUACGCUCAUGGUAUCGACCAAGUCUAAUCAGACUGAUGUUAGGAGGGCUGCAGCAACACUCCUUUGUGCUUUUUGUACUCAUUCUCCUGGAGACUACAGUCAGUACGUUCCACAACUACUGCGUGGUUUACUGCAACUGCUAGCUGAUACAGAUCGGGAUGUACUGCAGAGAUCAUGGGAGGCUCUCAAUGCUGUUACAAAGACACUGGAUUCAGCACAACAGAUUGCUCAUGUUUCCGAUGUAAGGCAGGCUGUUAGAUUUGCAGCGAGUGAUCUCAAGGGGGAAGAGUUACCGGGUUUCUGCCUACCUAAAGGCAUCACCCCGCUCCUGCCGGUUUUCCGUGAGGCCAUACUCAAUGGUUUACCGGAGGAGAAGGAGAACGCAGCUCAGGGGUUGGGAGAGGUGAUCUCAUUAACAUCAGCGGCAUCCCUGCAACCGUCAGUUGUUCACAUCACGGGUCCACUUAUCCGUAUUCUAGGCGAUCGCUUCAAUGCUGGCGUCAAGGCGUCCGUGUUGGAAACACUGGCUAUACUACUGCGAAAAGUGGGGGUGAUGCUGAAGCAAUUCCUGCCGCAGUUGCAGACAACAUUCCUCAAGGCCCUACACGAUCCACAUCGCCUGGUUCGCAUUAAGGCGGGGCACGCCCUGGCUCAGCUUGUUGUCAUCCACACGCGGGCUGAUCCGCUCUUUACGGAAAUGCACACGGGGAUCAAGGGGAAUGAUGAUUCAGCUGUGAGGGAGACAAUGCUGCAAGCCCUGCGGGGGAUCACCACACCGGCUGGGGACAAAAUGACGGAGCCACUGCGAAAGCAAGUCUACACAACGCUCGUUUCCAUGCUCAACUUCCCCGAGGAUAUUUCCCGUAGUGCUGUAGGUGGUUGCCUAGGGGCCAUGUGCAAGUGGUUAACACCUGAGCAGCUCGAUGAUGCACUGCUGGGACACAUCCUGAAUGAAGAUCAUGCAGAAGAUUGGGUACUACGGCACGGGCGUACGUCGGCACUCUUUGUUGUGCUCAAGGAAGCUCCUGAGGUGGUUUAUGUGCCAAAAUAUGAAGCCAAAAUAUGCAAAGUUAUCGUGAAUUGCAUCACAUCCGAUAAGAUUCCAAUUGCAUGCAAUGCCGUACGCGCUGCUGGCUACCUACUGCAGUACUGCAUGAAUGCCGGGAAGCCCCUACCGCAGCCAAUCUUGGGACCAUUUGUACGCGCCAUGAAUCACGUGAGUAACGAAGUGAAGCAACUUCUGGCCAAUACGUGCAACUACCUGGCGAAGGUGGUACCGGCGGAGAACACUCCGCCUGAGUUUCUGCGCAUCCUCAUCCCAAUGCUGGUUAAUGGCACAAAGGAGAAGAAUGGGUAUGUCAAGUCCAACUCAGAGACAGCUCUCAUUGCCAUGCUGCGUCUGCGGACGGGCGAGGAGACGCAUCAGAAGUGCAUGGCUUUGCUGGAAGUGGGGGCCAGGGAGUCUCUCAGUGAGGUCGUGACGAAGGUGCUGCGCAAGGUGGCUCUUCAGCCGAUUGGUAAAGAAGAAGACCUAGACGAUACAAUUCUGUCUUGAUCACAGUUCAAUGCAAACGGGAUCAUCAGUGACCACACUCAAUGUAUUUUACAGUCAAUCCAUAUUAAGUCGAUGUGUCUAAUUUCAAUAAAAAUUUAUUAUUAUAAUCUUAAAAAAA